AUGGAGGAAGAGAGAAUAAUGCUGGCGAAGAAGUUGUUAGAAACGGUGAACGAGAUAUCCGGAAUAAACGAGUACCGGUCUCCUGUGAAGAGGCAGUAUUGCAAUUUGGCGCGGCGGUUGAAACUGUUGACUCCUUUGUUUGAAGAGAUUCGUGAUAGUAAAGAGGAGCUUCCUCCGGACUCGCUUCAAUCUCUAUCUGCUCUAACUCUCGCUCUUGAUUCCGCCAAGGAGUUGCUCAGAUUUGGCUGCGAUGGCAGCAAAAUUUAUCUCUUGCUAGAGAGAGACCAAAUCAAUAAAAAGUUUGAAGAAGUUACUACCAAAAUAGAAAACGCUCUUCGAGGAAUCUCUUAUGAGGAACUGGACAUCUCCGAUGAAGUUAAGGAACAGGUGGAGCUUGUUCUUGCUCAAUUUAGUAGAGCUAAGGGAAGGGUGGACUUGCCUGAUGCCGAGCUGUAUGAGGACCUAUUGUUUCUAUACAACAGAUCCAGUGAUUCCAGCGCGGACCCAAAUAUAUUGAGGAGAUUAGUUGAGAAGUUACACCUCAAAGGAAUAUCAGAUUUGACACAGGAGUCGCUAGCAUUGCAUGAAAUGGUUGCUGUCACGGGUGGAGAUCCAGAGGAGAGAAUUGAGAAAAUGUCAAUGGUAUUGAAAAAAAUCAAAGAUUUUGUACAAACAGAAAAUCCAAACAUGGAUGGAACUGGAAAUAGAAAACCUGAUCCUUCAAGUAGACAACAAGCUGCAGUGGGGAAUCACAAGCCUCCUGUAAUACCAGACGAUUUUCGAUGUCCGAUAUCACUAGAGUUGAUGGGAGAUCCUGUCAUUGUCUCCACGGGCCAGACUUAUGAGCGUAGCUGCAUCGAGAAAUGGUUAGAAGCAGGGCAUGGCACUUGCCCAAAAACUCAACAACCUCUCACCAGCACGGCACUUACACCAAACUAUGUCUUGCGCAGCCUUAUUGAACAAUGGUGUGAAGCGAAUGGAAUUGAACCCCCAAAACGGCCGAGUAGCUCUCGCCCCAGUAAAACUGCAUCUGCAUGUUCACCUGCUGAGCGCACUAAAAUUGAUUCACUUCUUCGUAAGCUCACAUCAAGUAACCCAGAAGACCAACGAUCUGCUGCUGGUGAGAUCCGGCUACUUGCCAAGCGCAAUGCUGAUAACCGUGUUGCUAUUGCUGAAGUUGGCGCCAUCCCAUUGCUCGUGAGUCUUUUAUCAACACCUGAUUCCCGUACUCAGGAGCAUGCAGUGACUGCACUUCUCAACCUAUCAAUAUGCGAAGACAAUAAAAGUAGGAUCAUCACUUCAGGUGCAGUGCCCGGUAUUGUUCUUGUACUCAAAAAAGGGAGCAUGGAAGCACGUGAGAAUGCUGCAGCUACCUUAUUUAGCCUAUCUGUAGUAGACGAGAACAAGGUUACGAUUGGUGCCUCUGGAGCUAUACCACCACUUGUCACUCUUCUAAGUGAAGGUACUCAACGGGGAAAGAAAGAUGCUGCGACAGCACUUUUUAACUUGUGCAUAUAUCAAGGUAACAAGGGAAAAGUAGUGAGGGCCGGAGUUGUACCCACACUGAUGCGUCUCCUUACAGAACCUCAGGGCGGUAUGGUAGAUGAAGCACUAGCCAUACUAGCAAUAUUGGCUAGUCAUCCUGAAGGGAAGGCCGCCAUUGGUGCCGCAGAAGCAGUCCCCGUUUUGGUAGAUGUUAUUGGAAAUGGGUCUCCCAGGAACAAAGAAAAUGCUGCUGCAGUGCUUGUGCACCUUUGCUCUGGUGACCAACAUUAUUUGGUUGAUGCUCAGGAACUUGGAGUGAUGGGCCAUUUACUUGAUUUAGCACAAAAUGGCACAGAACGUGGAAAACGGAAGGCCUCCCAGUUGCUUGAGCGGAUGAAUAGAUAUGUAGAGCAGCAAAAGCACGCUGCCCAGGUGCAAGCCGAGGCAGCUCAUACAGCUCCUCAACAAACGCAAAACAACCAGCUUUUGCGGCCGCCACAUCAUCACCCUUCGGUCAAUGCUGUUGAUACAUAG